GGGGGGGGGGUACAGGCGAAAAACGUUUUUGUGAAGCGAAAAAUUAUUUUCCCGCUGGUGGGCACUCCCUUAACAAGUCCGGCACCCCCCUUGGGAAAUUCCUGGCUACGGGCCUGUGCUGGCUACGCCACUGGUUAGCACACAUUGUUUCCAAUAAAAAUGAAAUAAGAAAGACGCCAAAGAUCGAACAUUCAAAAACAUAUAGAAGAGCAGACAAGAGGAAGAAGAGACAAGUGGGAUUCUAGAUUUAAAAUGUAUGAUACAUGUUAAAAACAAUCUAUUUAAGAUUGAUUACUUUUUUCUAUUUUGAUCGUGUAUGAUGGUAAACAGUUACGUACCUUAUUUUGACUGUGUCUUAACUGUUGACUAUAGAAACAUGAAAAUAAAUAACUCCCCUCAAGGAUUUUUCACAAGAAGAAUUUUAUUCUGUUCUGUUGCUUGUUUCUUCUGAUCUUCCUCUUGCUGCUUGUUGAGAAAUUAUCCUUUCAACAAUUAUUAACGAGUCAAGUUGUUGUGAAAGAAAAAAGAAACAUUAUGCACUACAAUGAUUCGACUGAUGACGAAAACAGACACGAAUUACUGAAAACAUGUCGAAACAUCUUAAAUCGUGGUUUAUUUCCGUUCGGGUAUGAGUGUAGGAGUGAAUGAGUAAGAAUGACAACGAGAUUCAUUCACAUCUUAAUCCAUACUGAAAUAUCCACACCUACACCCCACACCCACCCACACCCAUAAACAAUCUCUGCAUCAGACUUUUUUUCUCACCCUGAAGAUGAAAGUGGAAUGAAGCGUUUCUCUUUUACUUGAUUUCAUCGAACGAAAAUUCCAACAAACAAUAUUUUUUUUCUUUGUCUCUGUUUACUUUAUUUCAGUCAUCGCCUGAUGUAAGAAGAAAGCAAAACUUUCGAGAAUGGUGUGCUUGCUUUGCAAGCAAAGAUCAAACAGAUGCAAAUAAAUUGGUAGGUGUGUGGCUCUGUUUAUGCUAGCAAGUGAAGCAUACAGUCGUUUUUCAUCUUUUUUGUUUUGUUGUUGGUAUCUUCUGCAAGACGAUGAAUUUCGUCUAUCCAUAUUCUAACUAACGUCAUAUAAUUUCUUGUAUUAUUGGUCAAUAUUUGACCUUUCUCGUUUGAUCGUCAAUCAUAAACUAUAUGAAAUUCUGUGCGGAUUCCCAUUACUAAUUAAUCAAGUACAAACUUUUGCAGGUGAAAUAAAUUUUCUUAAAUAAAAAAUUGAUUUGUAGUGCUGAAGUCUUUCGAAACAGGAGGAUGGUGUAGGUGUUCCUUUUGUCUUUAAUCACAGCCACCCACACCCUAAUUUUGCCGUAAAUUCGAAAUCCCUAUGAACUCGAUGAAGUGCGAAUAGUAGUGAGUUUGUUCAUGGGUGUAGGCGACUGCUUUUCGCUCACACCUAGCCUUCCCAAAGGUUAUUGCAUUGAUAAAGACAAUAAAAGUUGUGUUGCAAGGUAGAAUUGAAGUUCAGGCUCUAUUUCUCUAGAACAUUUUUUUUUUAUAAAUAAUUCAUUAACUACAUCAUUAACACCAACUAAAUUAUUAAAUAUGGAAGACAAUAUGAAAAUAUUAGAAAGUAUGGGUUUUACCGGUCUAGAAUUAAAUCGUAAGGUUUUGACUAGAGCUAAGAAUGAUAUUAGAGAAGCUGUUACUUUGCUGACAAGCUCACAUCUUUUUAAUGAUGACUUUAUGACUUCCAACGAACAUAGGCCAACAUCAACAUUUGGUUCACUUACUGAAAAACAAAUGAAACGACAACAAAACAUCACCUCAGAUAAAACUUCCAGUGCAUCAUCGGAUGGAUUAUCUAUAGAAAAUUCGAAUUCAUUUACAACAAGUGCUUUUCUGGAUCUUGAAAAAAAAGUCUAUGGAAACACAUGGUCAAUUCCUUAUAAACGUGAAGAAAACCUUGGUCGUUGCCUUUUAUCGGCUAUAAGGCUUGCACUUGAUGGAAUCGCUGAUCAAGAUGAACAUUGCAAAAAAUUUAUGGAAGCUUUAGUUCCAGAAGCUUUUCGAAAAUUGCAAUGCUCUCAUUCUAUUAAUCAUUGGGGAGUUGUUGUUCAAUUGGGUGUCUUUGAUAUGGUGCAAUUAUUAGUUGAUCUAAUAGCUGCUCGUCUUUCUUAUUCUCCAGUACCAAUACAAUUACUUCAAACUUUAGCUAUACUUUUUGAUCAUGAUUCGGUUUUUCAACAAAAAAAUAAAAACAGACCAUAUGAUGGUUCACUUUAUGAUAAACAAUUAGGUAAACGUAUAUUGGCUAAAUCAUCAUCGAUAUUUUCGUUUUUUAAUCAAACUGAACCCUAUGGUUGGCUAUGUGAAAUAAUAAAUCGUUUUGUUUUAAAAGAUGGAAUAGAAAAUUUAAAAAAACAAUUUAAAAGUGUACAACCAUUGACAGCUCUAGAAUACAAUGGAUUACUUUCACCUUUUGCUCAAUGUAUGGAAUAUCUAUUCAUAGAUAAAUAUCAACAAUUAUUUAGCGAACAUAUUGAACAAGCGUUAGAUUAUGUUAAAAAUCUGAAAGAAGAAGAUUUUAAAGCAGAAUCAACAAAUUCAAUAUUUGAAUUACUUGCAACUUUACGUAAAAUAUCUUCUGUUGUAUGGAAAAACCGCGUUGCACAGAUGGAAGAACUACAUUUAAAUAUAUUACUUAAAAUGGUUACUCUAUCAAAUUUUAAUGCUAAAAUGAAUUCAUUAAAAGAACUUUCAAAAAUAAUUGAAAAUUGUACAUCAAGUGUACAAAGUAUAAUUAAAACAUCAAUUUCACAUGAUGCUGUUACUAAAUGGAUUAUCGAACAUUCUAUACUCUCAAAAUCAUUAGAAGGAAAUAUUGAUCAAAAGCAAUAUAUAGAAAAAGUUCAAACAUUAAUGGAUUUCAUCGCACCAAGAAUUUUAAAAGAAGAUAUUGAAACAAUAUGGAAAAUGCAGUAUGCUCGAUCAUUAGUCACAGUCGAUCAUUUAUUAAGUCUGACUGCAUCUGCCGCAACGAAAUUUAAUCUGGAACAACUUAAUUAUCUAAUUGAUUUUAUUGAUAACUCAUGGAAAACUGAAACAAUUCCUAUACAAGAAAAGAUCAUUGAAUUACUUGGUGCUAUUGGUCGAGGAUGUCAAAAGGAUUGUGCUGCUCGUAUUUUAGAAGUUCUUUGGGAUAUGGCUCAUGAAGAUCGACUUAAUCGUUCAAUGCUUGAUCAUGUUCUACAUUGUCAUUUGCGUGUAUUUAAUGAAGGUCGCUCACCUUAUAAUGCACUUAGACGUGAUUAUUGUCUUAAAUGUAUGACCUAUUUACAUCGUAAACAAGGUUGGUUUGUACCAUCUAUAAAACACUUACAUGAAUUAUUACUUCAUGAUCCAACAAAUACAUUUAAAUGUCCUGAACCUGAUCUUAUAUCAUUAGUAGUUAAUAAGCAUGAUGUCAUAUCAGUAUUAAUACAAAGUUUAUCAACAUAUCAAUUAGAUGUUUGGAAUAAAACACAUGGUCAUGUUACUAUUGAGACAUCCGUGGAUGACCGUUUUACAUAUGAAGAGUCAAUUAAAACUCAUUUAGAUUUAUUAUCAUUUUUAUUAAAAAAGGGAAAACUUUAUUUAAUAUUAAAACGUAGCGAAGAAUUAUGGGAUAUAUUAAUAACAAAUGAAAAAGCAAGUUCACUUAAUCGUGAACUUGGUUUUAAUUGGUUUAUAACAUGUGUUGGAGAUCUCAAUGGGGAUUCUCAAAUAGCUUUAUUUGAAAAACGUAUAUCAAAACUUGAUCUAAUAAAUUUAUCGCCUAAAGGUUUUGAAUGUUAUAAAUUAUAUUUUGCACGUUAUAAUUUGGAACGAUGUAGACGAACAAGAAAUUUCAAUUACGAUUCAAAGGUAUCAACAUCAUCCAAUACAUCAUCGUCAGAUAUGAACUCAUCAGGUGUAAAUGAACAUUCAGAACCGAUAGCACCAACUGAAGUCACUUCACCAAAAAUAAAUUAUGCUUGCAUGACUCUCAAUGAUAUAUCAUCAUUAAAAUUAAUAGAUGACUUAACUACUCAACAAUUACAACAAAUUCUUCUACAUAAUUUGGUAUCGAUUGCCGAAUGUGUUAAAAGAUCAGAAUUAAUUAGUAAAGUUAAAUUACUUUAUCAUAAUGAAAAACAAAAAAACGAAUCAAAUACCAAUAUCUCUAAAGAAGACCCCAACGAAAAUUUAUGUAAAGUUUGUUUGGAUGCAAAUAUCGACUGUGUCUUUCUUAAUUGUGGUCAUCUUUGUUCAUGUAUUCGUUGUGGUGAACAAUUAUCUGAAUGCCCUUUGUGUCGAUGUGUUAUCGCGAAUGUCAUACGCGUUUUCAAAGGUUAA